AAGACAAAGAAGAAAUAAUUCAGGUGAGUGGGAUUUGGCAACUCAUUCGACCCUAUCAACAGUUCAAUCAACAAAUCUUUCCACUUGCAUUCAGUGGAGGAUUGAAAAAUAUAUAUUUAUCAUCGAGUGAUUAGCCCAUAAAAUUUUAUGAACUUUUGAUGAAUGAGAGAGUAAUAGAACAUAUUACACAACAAACAAACAUUUAUGCUGCACAAUCAUUGGCAGGAAAAACUAUGACUAAAUGUUCCAAGCUAAGAUUAUGGAAAGAUACAAGUACAGGAGAAAUUAAGAAAUUUCUUGGACUUUUAUUGUGGAUGGGGUUAGUGAAAUACCCAAAAUUAGCAGACUAUUGGAGUACGAAAAAGAUUUAUAAAAAUUACGUUGCAUCACCAACUACGUCACGAAACAGAUUCGAGUCAUUACUGUCGAUGUGGCAUUUUUCCAACAACGAAGAAAGUAAUGGAGACAGAAUAUAUAAAAUAAAUCCUCUGAAAGACUUACUCGAAGCGCUCUAUAAAUAUUAUAAUAUACCUGGUGAAUAUUUAUGUAUAGAUGAAACGAUAGUCCCAUUUAGAGGACGAUUAUGUUUCCGUCAGUAUGCACCUGGAAAACGACACAAAUACGGUGUUAAACUGUACAAAAUUGCAGACAAUACUGGAUAUAAUUACGGCAUACAAAUUUAUAAAGGUAAAAGCCAAAGACCACAGGGAAAUAUUUUCCUGUCAACUGAUGUUGUGCUAAAGCUAGGCGAAAUAUAUUUAGGCCAAGGACGUACAUUCACAACAGACAAUUACUACACAUCGAUUGAACUGGCAGAGCAUUUAUUGGAAAGAAACACCCAUCUUGUAAAAACACUGAGAAAAAAUAGGAAAGGCAUCCCCAAGGAAGUAGUAAACAAAAAAUUAUCUAAAAGCAAAAUUAUUGGUAUGUAUAAUGAAAACGGAAAAGUUGUAGCAAAGUGGAAGGAUAAACGAAAUGAGCUUAUGUUGUCUACAAAACAUAAAACAGAAAUUACUUCUACAGGUAAAAGAAACUACAAACAAGAAGAAAUUUUUAAACCUAAAACAGUUCAAGACUACAAUAUUGGGAAAACGGGUAUUGAUUUAUCUGAUCAAUACUCUAGUUACUCCAGUGCAGUACGAAAGUCGGUAAAAUUGUAUCACAAAGUUGCAAUGGAGCUUAUAUUUGGGACUACCAUUGUCAAUGCACAUAUCAUUUACAAUAAAAUAGCUGAUAAAAAAGUAUCCAUUACCACCUUCAAAGAGUCUUUAGUGAACAGCUUACUCAUUGGUGAUGAAAGUCAAGAACCUGCAGCUCGAAACCCGAAAGAACCACACACAUUAGAAACAGUUAGAGAAGUCGACAAAAGACAUAGAAAACUAAGAAAGCGUUGUGCAUCCUGCUACGCUAAAAAUAGAGAGGAAUUUGGAAGUCAUAAGGCUGAUUUAGCGGGUGUAACGCCAAGAGUUGCAACAUAUUGUGUGCAGUGUCCAGGAGAACCUGCAAUGUGUUCAAAUUGUUUUGUGAAAAUUCAUAAAUGA